AUGGUUCCCAACACCAUCGCGGGGAAGAUCUUCGGCUCCAUCUGCUCCCUGAGCGGCGUGCUGGUGAUCGCCCUGCCCGUGCCCGUCAUCGUGUCCAACUUCAGCCGCAUCUACCACCAGAACCAGAGGGCGGACAAGAUGAGAGCGCAGCAGAAAGUGCGAAUGGCUCGGAUCCGCAUGGCGAAGAAAGGAACCGUCAACGCCUUCCUCCAGUACAAAGAAGACCGAGCCAUGGGGGACCGGCACAGUGACAACACAACAGUGUGUGUGAAGAACAGAUCAGCGUUCGAGCAUCAACACAACCACCUGCUGCACUGUCUGGAGAAGACCACGAACCACGAGUUCACAAACGAGAUCAACUACAGCGAGCUCUGCAUGACGGAGUCCGUGGGCUACAGGACCAGUCGCAGCACCUCCCUGUCCAGCCAGCAGGGGGCGCAGAACAACUCCACCGGCUGCUGCCCGCGCCGCGCCAGGAGGAGAGCCGCGAUGCGAUUGGCUAACUCCACGGUGUCCGUCAGCCGCGGGAGCAUCCAGGAGCUGGACACGCUGCACAUCAAAAACACCUCCAUAACACCACAAACUCGUUCCAGUCUGAACGCCCAGAUGUGUGACCUGAAGCUGAACUGCGGGGAUCCAGAUUUCAGCGCCGCCAUCAUCAGCAUCCCCACGCCACCCGCCAACUCGCCUGAUGAGAGCCUCCCCUCGUCGCCCGCGCCCGUCCCCGGCAUCCUGCGCAACACCCGGGCCACCGCCUACACCCACGACAACGUCAAAAUCUCCUCCUUAUAACCUCCGACCACGCCUGCCACUUCCCCCUCUAAACCCUGCCGACCCACCAGCCAACCUCUCCGUGAACUCUGAACAUCCUUUGAACCUCUGAUCUUGAAACAAGGGAACUGCAAGCUGAGAUUUCGGGGUCUACUCAGAUGGAUAUUUUGAGUACUGCUGGUUUGCUUUCACUUCCUCUAACCAUUUUGUGGAUUAAAGGAGACAGAAUGGCUUUCCGUACAGGAGAGAACCAGCCAACGGCAGCCAACUGGAGCAAAAAUCAAAGGCAAGGAAUUUGAAUAGUUGUUCUCCCGAAGACUUUCCCAAGUCUUAAGGUUCUCCUCCUCAUGCAUUUUACCUCAACGUGUGUUGGUGUACAAUGCAUAAGGAGGGUAUUUGCCUCCCUUUCACAGUUUUGACCUUUUGAAUCUCAUUGCACAAACCCCAGGAGAGUUCAUCCAGUGGAAAAGAUGCCAAGACUCCCAAAGAAUGACCCCGAAACCAACUGACAGGUUGAAUUUUGCAUC